AUGGGGCUCCGGGAGAGGGGUCAGUUUUGCAUGUACCUAAGUGAUUUGCAUAACCCAGCGGCUGGGGGCUUGGGAACCCGAGCGUGCAACCCUAGAAGGGAAAAAGGACGGGAGGAGAUCGAGCCGCGGCUGCGAGAAGAGCGAGAAAGAGCCCGGGUGUUUGUGCGAGAGCCGGGCGGGGGCUGGGGCGAGGGGCCGGCAUGGCUGAAAUCUGCGCUCCGCAACCUUGAAGAGCGGCUGCGGCGGGAGGCCGGGGACCGGGAGGCGGGUGCGAUGGCAGAGCGCGGCCCCCGCAGCUGUGCCCAGCCGGGCCGGCUGGCCUGA